AUGCCCAGUAUUCUCGACUGUAAAUGCGUCCUGGUCAUCGGAGCAACCUCUGGCAUAGGGCGCGCACUUGCACUCGCAAUCCAUGCGCUGCCCUCUGAGCCACUCGUCAUCGUUGCCGGGCGUCGGCAGGGGCGGCUUGACGAGCUAUUGAAGGAAGGCGACAGGAUUCGUGCGGUCAGGUUCGACGUCAAUAGAGAGCGUAACGAGCUCAAGAAUGCCGUUCAAGACAUCGUAGCGGAGUACCGAGAUCUCGAUGCAGUUAUCUUUUCGUCUGGUAUCCAAGAGUUGUAUAACUUCACCAAUCCAGAGCAAGUUGACCUUGAUGAGCUGGAACGAGAAUGGAGUACCAACUAUACGGCAAUCGUCAUAAUGAUAACAUUCUUCCUUCCUCACUUCCUGAAGCUCAGUCAAGAAGGGCGCCCAUCGUUCAUCAUCCCCAUAACGUCUGGGCUGGCAAUGACACCAGCAGCGUGGGUGCCCAACUAUUGCGCUACAAAGGCUGCACUGCACAGCUUCUCGCUGUCGCUUAACGCCCAGUUGAAGAACACGAAAGUGAACAUCAUGGAGAUCAUGCCUCCGUUAGUCGAGUCGGAGCUCCACGAUCAUCAAGGCACUGCGCCGAUGAUGUCCAAGUUCUGGAUGCCACUCGUAGAUUUCACCAAGGAGGCCAUGGAAGGUUUGAAACGCGGAGAUUUACAGAUUCCUGUUGGAACCAAUGCUGAGCAGUGGAACGAGUUUGAGAAAGGAAAGAUUGAGAGAGUUGCGAGGCUACUGGAGCAUUUUGAAAGAUACGGUGCUUAG